UAAAAUGAUCAUAGAAGUUGUAUUAAUAAUUCGAUCGUAAGUAGUAAUGAUUAUAAAAGUCAUGUAACAUCGUAUAACAUGAUCGUAAAAGAGUUACGUGUAUUAAAUAAAUUUUGCGAUUUAUUAGCACUCGCGUGGAGAGUUUGUUUGAAAAGAAAAGAUCGACGAAUAGAGAAAGAGACAGAGAGGACAAAAAAAGUAGGUGGCAAAGAAGGAAGUAGAGCAACGUGGAUAUAGAAGGGAGAGAGAGAGAGAGAGAGAGAGAGAGAGAGAGAAAGAGAGAUGGAUCAACACUGGAUCGAGUUCGCCUAUGGAGUCGAGAGCCGCAGCCGCGUUGAGUCUCGACUCGUGACGCUCUUCGCCAUCGGCAGUUCGCGAUCUGAGCGUGUCGCGCUCGGUCGUUCUCCUUUUCGUGUCUUCUCGGUAACUCCAGCAUCCGCUGGACCACUACUAAACUAUCCACCGAUCUAUUUCCAUGUCUUCGAUCAUAUCCACAAUUUUUCAUUCGAAAAAAUUGUAAAACAAAAAAACGAGAAAGAAGAUAAACUGGAUUCGAAUAAGAAAUUAUUAUCGAUCUUGAAAAAAAAAAAAAGGAAAAAGAUUAGAUAAACAUGAAUUAAUCUGACUUAAUGUUUUAAUUUAGAACACGUAUAAAAGAAAAUAUGUAUAUAUGUAUAUAUAAAUAAAAGUAUGGUAAUAAAUAAAUUGUAUCGGUUCGAUGUCGCGAAAAAUAAUAAAUAAUGAAUUAAGAAGAUAUACAAUCGAUAUCGAGAAAAGAUCGUCUUCUCGUUCACUAUUCGAAAGAUAGAUAGAGAGAUAAAAAAAGAGAGAAAGAGAUCUGAAGGAUAGAUCUUCUUUGGAUCAAAUUCAAAAACUCGUGGAAGUGGUUUGAAAGAACGGAGAAAGAGACGUAUCGUUUCGUAGAAAGGAAAUGGAAGAUUCAGAGGAAGAGGAAGAUAAAGAACGACGAAGAAGAAGAAAAAGAAAAAAAAGAAGAAAAAGAAGAAGGAGAUGUAAAAGGCGAGGAGAAAAGUGGUAGAAAGUAAGUUAAAGAAUAACGAUAGAAAUAAAUCAAGAAGGACGAUAUAAACAAGAUGGCAGCUUCGCGAGUCGAUUCGAAUCUUGAAAUGGAUAAUGAAGGAACUUUGACCUUUCCAAGGGAAAGUAAUUACGAUGACAAUGAGAAAGAAUCGAAACGUGAUUCUUUUGGUGAAGUUAACGACAAGAGAAUAGCUGAGGACGAUAGGGAGAAAGUUCAGUUAUCGAAUUGUAACAACUCCGAAAGAAUUCGAAAAGUUUCGAAGGUGAAGGAACGCGAAGGAAGGGAUAAGAAGGACGAGAUUUCUGAUGGCGAGAAGUUAAAGGGCUGUGGAAAAAAUUUACUCGAGGCUGAUGGAAGAUCAUCGAAAUUCCAACGGCAGGUUCGUGGUUUGCGAAAGCAAGCAAGAAUAGUAACGACGGCAACCAUAGAAGACAGAACGAUAAAUGACAGAUCGAUCAGUGGUAACGAUCGAGUAAAGAAUCUCGAAAUUCAGGAUUCAACUGAGCGUUCUGUUAAAGAGAGAAAUCUGAUAGGGAGGAAAGUGGAGAAUCAUCGAACGUUGAAAGAAUCUACUCAAGAAAGGAUCAACGUGAAAGAAUCUUCUAUGAGGAAUCGAGUUUCGCCUGUUAAAAGAAGGAAAUCUCAGAUCGAUAAAGAUAUCGAAUCUCAUCCUCCUUUAUUUUCUUCUACAUCAUCUUCUUCCUAUUCGGAUAAAGAAAGGAGGAAUAUAAAGAAAUGUCAAAAUUGUGGUGAGCAACAUUACCCUUAUGGUCGAUACUCGUAUCUUAAUAAAUAUUCGACUUAUUUCGAGGGUGAUUUAGGUGCUUACGAAAGGCACGAAACUUCGGCGAAAGUUAUCUUAGCUAAUGCUAGUCCAGUUCGUGGUCCUGAUUCAAGAUUAGAGACACCGGUAACAUCUUUGCUGUAUCGUAGCAGAUCACUCCCAAGAUUGUCCGUUCACGACAGCGGUGUCGGAUGCAGUGCUAAUGAACAGACAGUACCUGGUCCAGGUCAACAUGGUACGAAACAGCUGGUAGCCGACUUGAGACAGCUGUUGACAUUGAAGCAACAUUACUAUCCAGAAGGUGGUUGGGGUUGGCUCGUCAUACUAGUAGGAAUGUUCGUCCAGAUUCUCUCCCAUGGGACACAGGGUGCUGUUGGUGUAUUUGUUCAGCAUGUAGCCAAUCGAUUUGGUCAUCACGUUUAUCUUGAGUCAGGAUGGCUAGGUGCGAUGUCCACUGGAGUAGCCUUGCUAGUAUCACCCGUUACGAUAGCCUUCUGUAGAAGAAAAAGCACCAGAGUUACGGCCGUUUUGGGUGGCCUCGUUACGGCACUCGGUUGCCUCUUCACGUCCUUCGCCUCGCAAUUUCAUCAAUUGUUCUUCAGUUAUGGUACCAUGGUGGGAAUAGGUGUGAGUAUGACAAGAGAUUGCAGUACGUUAAUGGUAGCACAAUAUUU